AGCAGUGCUGGAGUUCAGCACUCUGGUGUCCUACCCUUUGCCUUCCUAAUUCAGUGGCUCCUUAUCUCAGCAUUACUAUGUUCUGUGCUCCUCUGGAAGUUUGCUUUUGCUUUUAGAAUGAGCAUAAUGUAACUCAGUGAUCUAAGCAACCCAUUAGUGAUGAGCAUGGUGAGUUGGCCUGGGACACCUACUGGCCUGUUACCCUUCACACUUCGAGUUUACUCUCACACCAGUAUCUCCUAUGGCUGAUAAUGCAUCGUGUUACAAAACAUCCCCAAAUCUCUUCAAGUUUUGUAGUUGCUUGCUCAUGCUUUGUGCAGGUCUUUGUGUGUGCUGCUAGCUUUUCUCCUCUGCACAGAGGAGCAAGUUAAAAUGCCAUCACCGUGCUGCAAAUUGAAGGCAGCCUAGUGUGUUGACAUUUGUCUUAUUCUGCUCCAUUGGCAGUGUGUUGCGUUCAGCAUUUUAAACUGUUUGCCUUUUGCUUUGUCUCCUGAACGCGUGCUUGCUCAGUGGGCUUUGAAUUCAUUCCUUGUUUCAGGCCAGCAAAGGCAGAUAAGCUGCCCUGAGCCCCGCUGUCUUCCGAGAUGUCAUCAGGGUUCUGUUGUGUCACCCUUUGCCUUGCAUUUCCCUGGGUCCUGACGAUAUGUUUAGUUUUCCCUUCCUGCUCUGUGUGCACUGACUAAAGUUGGUAUGUUGCAGUAACAGCUGUGCCAGCACGAUUUUUUAUUUCCUCUUCUGUUCCUCGUUAUGUCCUUGAGGUCUGGUACAAAUUGCAGUCCCAUAUGACUCAUGGUGUGACUGACCCACACGGUUAUCUGCUGCCAUCAUCAGCCACUGGUGUGGCCAAGUUGUGCUUUAGAAGUUUUCCCAGCUUUGCUAUGGGAACUCUGUGUACUCAGUGGGUCAUUUUGUCCGUUCAGGUCGUUUUCUCAUGUUCUGGGGUGAGGUGCUGUUCCAUGUUUACUAAUAUGUGUUUGUUAACAGGCAUACAGCAUGCCACCAGGAUCAAUAAGGGGCAUCUGUCCUCCUCCUGAAACACCUCUCCUCUAGGAGCUGUAGUUAUAAGCUACAAAAUAAGAACAUUUGCAGUUGCAGGUUCUCUUUUUUAUGAGUCUUCAUUGGUGUAGAAAGCACUGCACUUUCAGUUUCUGACUACUGUUCUUCUAGACAGAAGGAGAAGCAAGGCUGGGGAUGUUUGAGGUGAAGUAUUUGUGUGGCUUUUUGGACUGCUUGCUUUGUAGAAUCAUUGGGAGUCAUUCAGGUUGGAAAAGACCACUAAGAUCAACCAUCAACCAGCUCAUGGUGUGCACAGACUGGUAGGAAUACAGCUGGAAUCAUAGGUUAGAUGUGUAUCAGAAGGCUGUGCCACUUGUGUGCGUGUGUGCCAUGUUCCUGCAGACCUUUUUUUGCUCUCCUCAGAGCGUUGCCCCCUGAUGCAUUUGAUGAAGUAGUGCUUUUGUUAAUUGCGUUUGGAUAGUUAAACUUCAGCUCUCCCAAAACUCCUCAAGAAUUAACUCAAGAGAAGCAGCAGGUGUCUGUGACUACUCAUACAGGUUUAUGAAAGCUGCUUAAGUUGCUCCUGAGCUUUCUGCCUUUUUUUUCCCCCCCCCACGUGCAGCCUUAAUGGAAUAGAGGAGACUUACGUUUCUGCUUCAACCCCUUUCAGGCUGCCUCAUGCAACACGUAGUUGGCCCUCUUCCUAACCCACUGCUUUUUGAGGGUUCUCUUUGCCAGGCAAUUUGUCCCCUUCCUCUUCUUGUCUCUUAAACCCAUGAGCCAACUUCCUUUGGGUUUCCUCAUACCAGCAGAGGCCUUAAAAUCCUACAUCUCCAUAGGUUUUGCUAGGAGGGGAAAGGCUGCCCAACAGGGUCGCUUAGAGGUUGGCCUUUUCUCUGAUGCUGCAUGAAUUAAGAAGCAGAAGUUUCUUUGUCCUGCUGCUGCCACGCUGCUAAUUCAUGCUGUUUGUGAUGAUAACCAGUGUCAUCAGGAGACAGAUUUGGUGAGGCUGAGAUUAGGAGGCUGCAGACACCGCCUGCUCCACGUUCUGCUCCUGGAGGCAGUUGUCAGCCAACAAAUGGAAGUUCCCAGUGGAGAGACUCUUUGGCAUAUCUUCUCAAAGUGAUUGGCCGUGCUGAUUCACUGCCUGCUUUAUCAUGUGCUGAUAAAGACAUGCAUAGUGCUGCUUCUCCCAGUGCAAAUGCAUCUGCAACCUGCAGAAAUACAGUCCACUUCUGCUGCAGAGCUCUGUGAGCAAGCCCAGCUCUUCCUGAACCAAACACAUACAAGGCCCUCCAUCUGGAUGCCCAAUGUCUAUUUUAACCGAUUCUGUCGGAAACUAAGCCUCCAGCUUCCAUUCAUUCCUGCUGGCAGCGACGCGUAUAAUGCAAACAAUCGCAAUUCAGGAUCGCGCAAACACUGCUCUUAAAACUUCCUAGAUGAUUGUAGUUGCUUUCCUUGUGUUCUAUGCUAGCAGAAGCCUUUUCCAAGGUUUACUGUUGACUCUAGAGCACCGCGUUCCCCGUUUGCUGGGAGCCUUGGGGGUUGGCACCAUGGGGAACUCCUGCGUUUGCCGCGAUGACAGCGGAGCAGAAGACAGCUUGGAGUCUCAGCGUCGGCAAACAGAGAGCAGUAGGGUACGUGCACCUGAUGGAAGAAGCCACCCAAGGGACCCUGUCCGACCACCUAGGAGGGGGAGAGGGCCUCAUGAACCAAGAAGGAAAAAACAGAAUGUGGAUGGGCUAGUACUUGACACACUGGCUGUAAUUCGGACGUUAGUAGAUAACGACCAGGAGCCUCCUUAUUCAAUGAUCACGUUGCAUGAAAUGGCAGAAACAGAUGAAGGUUGGUUGGAAGUUGUCCAGUCUUUAAUUAGAGUUAUUCCACUCGAGGAUCCGCUGGGACCGGCCGUUAUAACGCUGCUACUUGAUGAAUGCCCACUGCCAACAAAAGAUGCAUUACAAAAGUUAACUGAAAUAUUAAACUUAAGUGGAGCUGCUGCUUGUCAUGAUGCUUGCCACCCUGCUAAACAUCGCAAUACAACUGCAGUGCUGGGCUGUUUAGCUGAGAAAUUAGCAGGUCCUGCAAGUAUAGGCUUACUCAGCCCAGGCAUAUUGGAAUACUUACUUCACAGCUUGAAUUUCCAGUCCCAUCCGACCGUGAUGCUUUUUGCACUGAUUGCACUGGAGAAGUUUGCACAAACAAGUGAAAAUAAAAUGACAGUUUCUGAAUCCCGCAUUAGUGACCAACUGAUCCUGCUAGAGAAAUGGACAGAUCACCCAGACUAUUUGAAACGCCAGGUUGGAUUCUGUGCCCAGUGGAGUUUAGACAAUUUGUUUUUAAAAGAAGGCAGACAGUUUACAUAUGAGAAGGUUGACUUGACCAACAUCAGGGCUAUGCUAAACAGCAACGAUGUCAGUGAGUACCUGAAGAUAUCACCACAUGGAUUAGAGGCUCGAUGUGAUGCCUCAUCUUUUGAAAGCGUCAGAUGUACGUUCUGUGUUGAUUCUGGAGUUUGGUACUAUGAAGUUACAGUCAUUACUUCGGGAGUGAUGCAAAUAGGAUGGGCUACCAAAGACAGUAAAUUUCUCAAUCAUGAAGGUUAUGGCAUUGGAGAUGAUGAGUAUUCCUGUGCAUAUGAUGGCUGCCGGCAGCUGAUUUGGUAUAAUGCCAGAAGUAAACCACAUUCCCAUCCCUGCUGGAAAGAAGGAGACACAAUAGGAUUUCUACUAGACUUGCAAGAAAAGCAAAUGAUCUUCUAUUUAAAUGGAAACCAGCUGCCUGCUGAGAAGCAAGUCUUUUCAUCAGCUGUAUCUGGCUUUUUUGCUGCAGCAAGUUUCAUGUCUUACCAACAAUGCGAGUUUAACUUUGGGGCAAAACCUUUCAAAUACCCACCACCAAUGAAAUUUAGUACCUUUAAUGAUUAUGCCUUCCUGACAGCAGAGGAGAAGAUCAUUUUGCCAAGACACAGGCGCCUGGCUUUGCUGAAGCAAGUGAGCAUCAGAGAGAACUGCUGCACACUUUGCUGUGAUGAGGUAGCAGACACAGAACUCAGGCCGUGUGGACACAGUGACCUGUGCAUGGAGUGUGCCUUGCAACUGGAGACCUGCCCUUUGUGUCGACAGGAAAUACAGACCCGAGUCAGACAGAUUUCUCACAUUUCAUGACACAUGUGAAGUACUACAGACUUGUUUUUUAAUGAACUCCAACCAAUACAGAAAGGGGAAAGCAUCUCUAACCAAUCUUUACGCACAUAGAACCGUAGCCAUGGCCAGAUUUCAUGCUAAACUGUAAGCUGAUUAUCUUUAAAAAAAAAAAAAAAAAAUCUUUAAUAAGCUAUUUCAGGUUGCCAGCAGUGGAAACUGGUUUCAACAGUCAGGAAAGUUGGUAGUUUGGUGUGUUAUGGCUAUUGGUUCCUCCAAGCAAGAGCGUAGGAGGGCGUCUCUCUUCCUCCCCUUUUCCUUUUCGCCUGUCGCAAGUGCUGAAAAAAUUUGCACUGGAAGUACACAUACAAUGCAUUUCAGACAAGAAAUAUCUCCUCAAGCAGGGCCGUUCUGUCUCGUGCUCCAAAGUCUCUGUUUUGGGCAGAAGUCAGUACUAAAAAAGAAUGCCAAUGUUUCUUGUUCAAUGUAGCCUCCUGCUGGUCAGAGACUAUAUCUUCCAACAGUGGAUGUUAAACUGCUCCAAGACUUGAUCUGUACACAGACUGAUUUGAAAGGACAGUGUGGAGACUGUAGAGAAAUUCACGUUUUAAUAACUCGGUGAUUCCAAAGAAAAUCCUGAUUUGUUUUUAACUGCUCAAAGAUUGGUGGUAUUUUCAAGUACAUAAUGUUUCUGAUGCUUUUAACUUCAAUAUCCACAUUUUUUUGUGAGGAUAUAAUUUUCGGGAGGUAUUCUUAACUAAUUAUAAUGCUGGACUGGAAUUAAUUUGAUAUUCUGGGUAUUUUUUAAGGUAUCUACAAACAUCUUUUUUUAAUUAGUAUUGUUUUUGAAGCUUAUGUUCACUGUGGAAAAUAUUGAGCUAACUUAAAAGCGUAGAGAAGAAUUCUGGGCCAGUGUAUUUGAAGGGGAGGGAAAUGUUACGUGGAUAACAAGUUCAGUCUUAUUCUGUAACUCUCUAAAAAUGCACCUUGCUUGUCAUGUAUCAGUCCUGCUCUGAGCAGGUUUGGGGCCACACUUUGUAUUUUUGGUAGGGAUCUUAUAGAGGGAAUGUCUGCUCCACUUGAGUUACACAUUUGUGACGUUUGUAUGUUGAGGAUGUGUUUCAGCAGCUUUUGACCACUUAGUUAGGUUUCUACAAGGAAUCAGGGUUCAGUUGGUGAAGUAGCACAAAAGUCAGUGGGGUUGAGCUUAUUUUGCACCGAGGCUGUGUAACUCUCUCUUCCAAGACUUGUACAGGUUGCUUUUUUAAAUUAUUGGGAUAUAUAGUAGAACUCUACUAAUUCAUACAUAACUCACACCACAACCAUCCCACUUCUUGGCAGUGAUUCAGUAGCAGAGACUGUUGUAGCAAAUUCUCACGCUGUGAGGUAUUUUAUUCUCCAAAUCUUUUACCAUCUUCGUUAGGAAAGCUGAGAUGUAUUCCUCAUGCUGACUACUUUUGCUUCCUACUGAUCCUAGGAGCUGAUAGCACUGCACACGGGUCCCAGAAUCAGGUUAUCUAGCAGUUCCUCUCACACUCUGCCUUCCCUAACUCAAGGGUGCUGAAUUUAAUCCAGAGGAGGAGAGGGGAGAGAAAUCCCUCUGAGCCUCACAUGAAAGGUGUUCACUAGGAAAGUGCUGUGCAUCAUUUUGUUGUUGGGCUUUUUUCCAAAUACAGACUGAAUCGGGAGUGGAGCGAGGGUUGGUCCUCUUGCUGAAAUGUGAAUUCUCUUCCAGCUGUUUUGAUGAAGGUCAGGAUGGCAAACGGGUGCCUGGGGCUCUUCAUUUCCUCACGGACUCAACUUUGCAAAGUUUUUCCACUUUGCCAUUCUGCUUUUCGGAAUCUUGUAGAGAUGAAAUUCCAAAUGCUUCCAAAUGCAGUGAUAGGCACAAAGAUACGAAGCGUUGCUGUGGAGGAAGAAGUGGGACAGAACCACUUUGAACUCUGCCUUAAUAGAUGCCGCCAACUCCAGACUUUGGGUUCCAUGGCCAGGAUUAACCGAGGUAAAACUUCCCCAAGUGCCUGGGGAUCCUGGUCAGUACCAAGUGCUGUAUGAGAUAGGCUCCAUACAGAGGUGUCUAAUUAAAACACAGGGCUCCAAAUAGCCCAGCUCCCUUUGUGGACGUGGGUCUGAGUGCCUGCGUGCUUCUUCACAAAGAGACCCGCAUGCUUUAGAGCACUUUGCUGGGCAGAGAGAGCCAGCAGCACCCGAGGGAGCUGUGUUUGCUUUCCAUAUUCAUCUAUGGGAAGGCUGGAGCUGGGGCUGCUGCCCUCCGCCAUGGGGUGUCUGCGUGGAGCUCUGAGGGGUGACAAACUCAAGAAGGGGAGAAAUGGAGCGUGGCACAGUCGGUCUGUUUGAAAAUAAAACGUCUUGAAGAG